AUGUUAAGAGCAUCCCGUUUCGGUCGGAUAGCAUCAUCUCUCACAAAUCUCGUUGAUCUAAGGAGAUCGUUGAUUCCAAUCUCUCUUCUUUUCAUUCUCAUCAUCAAUCUCUUCACAAAAUCUUCACUUUUUCUGCAUUUCACUCUUUCUUCUCCACUCCAUCUCUUGCUCUCAGCCAAGCCUCUCCCAAUGCGGAUCAUCCACAACUCGGACUUUCAGCAUUUGCUUCUAAAAGAAGACGGCCAGAAGCUCUUGGAGGAGCUUCAACAGAGAAUAGCUGGAGGGAGGGAUUUAGCUGAUCUUGCUGUUGAAUACUCCAUAUGUCCCUCCAAGGAGAAGGGGGGAAUGCUUGGGUGGGUAAGAAAGGGACAAAUGGUGCCAGAAUUUGAGGAGGCUGCUUUUAGUGCACCUUUAAACAAAGUUGUGAAAUGCAAAACUAAUUUUGGAUGGCACUUGUUACAAGUUCUAUCUGAGAGGGAAGAGUCAUUGCUUAAAGACAUUGAACCAGAGGAGUUUCAUGCAAAACUACAGGACCCUAGUUUCAUUGAACAGGCUCAGUUGAUAGAUGUCCGGGAGCCUGAAGAAGUGUCCCUAGCAUCUUUGCCGGGAUUCCAUGUUCUUCCUCUACGCCAGGUAGGAAGUUGGGGACCUGAAAUAACUAACAAAUUUGAUCCAAUGAAAGAUACAUAUGUCCUGUGUCACCAUGGCAGGCGAUCGUUGCAGGUUGCCAAGUGGUUACAUACUCAGGGAUUCAAGGAAGUGUUCAAUGUAGCUGGGGGAAUACAUGCGUAUGCAAUCAAGGUCGAUCCACCGGUUCCGACUUACUGAGAUUCUCUUAACAUAUUCAUUUCUCCUAGUAUUGCCAUAUGUUUUCUUGGCAAAGUUUUCCCUUUCAUAAU